AUUUACGAAAAUGAAAAUGGCCCAGACAUUAUAUCAGUAACGACAGAUAUGACAAAGCGGUUAAAUUGAUGGAAGUACCUGAUUGUACAUGGGAGGAGCAUACUGUCCUGAAAAUAUAUGCGACAUCUUCAAACUAUGCUGUGGCUCGACAAAAAUUGAAAUUAGCUGAAGAAAUGUCCGACAUCAAUUCUUGUACCGACGAGGAUAGACAGAAACUUUGUAAAAAAUCCCGCAAAAUUAGAGCGGCUAAGAUGCAUGAUUCCAGUUCAUAUGAGUAUACUAACGAUGAAAGCGAUUCUGAGCAAGCCAUUCUCUCAGAUCUUCCCAAACCUCCAAUCAAAAACGUCUAUAAGGAGACGUCCACAAAAACAACUCGAGUAUGUAAAAAUAAUACAAUAAAGUAUUCUAAAAUUGCCGACACAAAACUGGAACAAGAAAGUACUGCAUCUUACAAUUUUAACAACAUUGAAGAAGUUGAUUUUCCUUCACAAAGCAGUUUCGCAAUUUCGGAGUAUUCUGAUUAUGAAAAUGUAGUCCGACGCAGUCCAAAUUUGGAUUUAAAUUCCAGCCAAGAUUCACAGUGUAUUGUUAAUGUAAAUCCUGAACCUGAACGACGGCGCGAUAUAAAUAAAUGUGUAUUCCCACGUUGUGAUAAUCAUGAGCCUGAACGACGGCAUGCGCGCGGCGAUGUAAAGAAAUGUGUAAUUCCGCGUUGUGAUACAAGUCUUCCAAGUUUGAAUUUAAAUUCUAAGCGAGUUUCAGGACAGUGCGCGGAAACUUCGAUAGACAUUACUGAACGUCUUCAUGAUGAAAAUGUCCCCCCCAACAGACAUAUGUUAAAUACUUCGAUAGACAUCACUGAACGUCUUCAUAAUGAAAAUGUCCUGCCCAACAGACAUAUGUCAAAUUAUACUGAGGGAUUUGAUUUUGAACGCUACAUAAUUAAAAAAUUCCAACAUCUGGAAUUAAAAAUGAGCAAUAACCUGAAACUAACCCAAAAAAUUUUAGAAAAGGUUUCUAAUACCGCACAGAUUGCAGAAGAAGCACAGGAAAAAAUUGAUAUUUUUCAACAUUUACCACUAAGAGACGAAAAUGAUUUAGAAAUUAUGGAACGAAAAUUGACGAAUGACAUUGUAUACCGAAAUGAAAUGAUCAAACAGUUAACACGAUUGACAGCGCGGGAUAUUAAAAAUUCAUGUUUAAAUUUAUUGAGACAAAUAGUCUCAAACAAAGUUGCUGUAUUAUAUAGUUGGCAUGGUGCCAAAAAAAAAAAGAAUUUUUCCCAGCUGAACUUGUGUCAAGUAAUAUUAACUAUUGUAAGAAACGCGCAUGAAGCAGCAAAGGAUGAGCACAUAUCUAAUACAAUAAAAGUAUGGUUAGCUCACGCUAAAGAGCGUAUUGAUAGAGAGAAAGAAAAAAAAAGAAAAAUUCAGAGGGAUCGAAACGAUCUUCCGGAAGAACUAGAAGAGCCCUCUGACUGAAUGUGAUAAUUAUCUUGUCAACGUAUUUAAAUAAGACACGUUAGCGCAAGAGCCAAAGAUUACAAUUAAGAAUUUUGCUUUUUUCAAAUUUUGUUCGAGUUAUAAUGAAAAUCUUUAUUUUGAGAGAGUUUACGAUAUAUAGAGAAUUUACUUUUUCUUUUAUUUAUAA